AGGCAAUAAAAGUUCAACUCAUUCAAAAUUUUGUCUACUUUUGUUUUGGUUUUAAAAUUACGUUUCUUUUCCGGCCCCGAAAACCCACCAAGAAACGGCAUCGGGAUGUUGUUAAAUGUUUGGCCAUUUAUAGCCCUACUUUGGCUACCUUCGGUUGUCCUCGGCCAAGGUAUGGACUUGGCGGAAAUAAAUAAGUGUACACAGUUGAUGGAUACGGAAAAAUUGGCCCACUGCUGCGGCAAGGGCUUCCUGGACAAGUUCAUCUUUGUGGGCAGCAACUGUACGCCAUACUGGGACGACUACGGACCUUGCCGCUAUGAGUGCCUCUACAAGCACUGGGAUCUGCUUGACGCGGAUAAUAAGAUCAAGAAAGCGCAGUUCUACACUAUGGUAACGGAGCUAUAUAGUCCUUUAAAUGGCCAUAACAACUACGGCGCCGCCUUGAAGGCUGCCCACGAAACCUGCGAGCAAGUGGGCACCAAGCACGCCGACUUUGUCAUGCUAUACGCCCACCAGCUGGGCAGUAGUCUGGGCCUGACCAAUUCCAAGUGCCAGCCGUACGCUAUGAUCCACGCCCAAUGUCUCCAGGUGCACGUGACCCUUCAUUGUCCGCAGGAAGAGUUCAGGGCCACAGAUAAGUGCCAUGAUCUUAAAAAGGUGAUAUCCGGAUGCGCCGUCAAGCUAAACCUGGAGCCAGUAGCCAACAAGGAUUUUACGGUGAGCGAGAAGAGCGCAGGAGGCGGCUGGCUAAUCUCUGGCGAACUUUGGAUCGUCCUUAUGGGGCUGCUCGGUCUGAUUCUGUGCCAUUUGUAGCGUCUGGUUUUGCUAAUCGUUUGGGUGAUUGCAUUUGCUAACUGCCCCAAUUCAGACAGUAUAAUUGAAAGUGUCUGAGCGUAGACGAGCCCCCAAAUUGCAAAAUUGUUGGACUUUGGACCAGCUUGGAGCUGGGAGCUGGCCAACAACCAAUCACGAUGACAGACCGAUUCGAUUCACGCGACCGCUGUUUAAACUGUUUGCGUUGUGCUCGAUUUAUUAGCCCUCGAAAGUGUUAGAUAUAAAUUAAGCGGUUACUCCUGACAUUGCCUCAGACUGACUGA